AUGCUUGAUUUAACUUCUGUGACACCCUCGAAUUUUGGUCGAUAUGCUUUACAAAGUGAAUUGGAUACGAAUGAACGAACGCAAGCACAACACAAAACAGUAUCGAAUCACAUACCACCGUUAAUGUCGUUAUCAAUCACACCGCCAGCAAUGACAACAAGUAUGCAAGAGAGAUCAACGACACCUACAUCUCUCAUCAAAGAAAACAUUGAACCAGUAUCUUUUCCACAACAUACGCAUGGUCCAAUCCAACGUCCUAACAAAUUGAACUAUUCACCACCUGCACAGUCGUCAGCAACCUUUGCUCAGAUUACUCAAUCGCCAACUACGCCGGAUGUACUCGUUCAAAUAAAUCAUCUGCUUGAUCAUCAAAAUAGUGUUGCAACCGUACCAUCGACGCCCGAUGUUUCGAAUUCAGCAACGUCCGCAACAUUACCACAAGAUUUGGCGACACCAAAUGUGCCUUGGACACCAUUUGCGGCAAAUGAUUGGGCAACAAAGUACGAUUCGACAUGGCCGACUCAAACGCCAAGCAUUCCGUUAACAACACAUAUGCCGAAUCCAUUUGUAUUUCGACAGAUGUCAAAGGAGGAAUCAACCGUUUGGCCAACGGCUCUAGGAACAGCGACACCACGUUCAACGCCAUUGAAUACACGUUCGAAGCAGGGAAAUGAAUGGAAUGAAAUAUUCCAGCCAACUACUCCUUCGUCAGCCGAUGUAGUAAAACCAACGAAUAAUAAUUGGUCGAAGUUUUUACCCGCCGCAGAUUCAUCUUCAAUGGAGAAUUCAGGUGAAAAUAAACAAGAAAACGAAGGAAAUAAUUUUUGGAAUCCGAUGACUUCAUCGAAUCCGGAAGCACAGUGGUGGCCAAAAACACCAUCUAAUGAUAACGCUGAUAAUAAAGAUCAAUCUCGUUGGGAUUUUGCCCGUUAA